AUGCAUUCCUUUACAGGUAAAGUGGAUCGUCAUUGGCGGGUGCGCCCACAAAAUCUCUUGUUCGUACCUCAAAAGGCAUACUUCCCGUCCGGAGGCAUCACUCUGCGACAGCAGCUUGUCUAUCCUCUCAAAGCUCUCCCUGUAGAAAAAGAUCUGGCAAGGUUGACGCAAAUCUUAGAAUGGGUUAAAAUGGAGCAUUUGAUGGAGCGAUGUCAAGGCUUCGACGCACCUGUUGACUGGGAUUGGAAUGAAGCUCUCUCGCCCGGCGAAUUACAGCGGUUAUCACUUGCACGAGUGUUCUACACUAAGCCACGAAUUGCUUUUCUUGAUGAAGCAACGAGUGCGAUCGGAUUUGAGCUAGGAAAUGCAGCUUUACAGGAAGCUGCAAGAGGUAGAAAUUUCUGUGCUGUUGUUCGGGCAGUUAAAGAUAACAAGAUGGGUUAA